AUAUAUAUAUUCGAAGAGCGAUGUUAUAGAAUUGUGUUCAAGAUAUGUGUGACAAGGAUAAAUACCUUAAUAUCUUUUAGAUAUUUUUACAUAAAAUUAUUUAUAUGUUACACAGCAGGGAGUAAACAAGAGUGGAACAGUUAGGGACAUUCAAACUUGUACAAAUACAUCAUUUUAUGUUUACACAUACGAAAAUCGACCAAUCAUAUAUUUAAUAUAGUAUCCUUAUUGAGGUUGAUUGAAGCCUAACAGCGUCUGCUACAAUUUGCUUUUACGCAUGUGCGGAAUUUGUCCUCUGUUCCACAAUGCUAGAUCUGUUCUUUGUAUCGACAGUAGACUACACUUUUGCGCACAAAGUGAGAUAAGCAUAUAAAUAUGCGUCGGAGGGAAAAAGAGGAGAGAUGGAAAAAUUGAGAAAAAGUACAGGAGAUGCAGUUGCAAAGAGAGACCUAAAUGCCUUUAGCACACUCUGGUACUCAUUGCACGCAUGAUGAUUCGUAGAAAUAAUAUUCAUUAGAUUUGUUGCAUUAAUUACGCAAAUGAGAAGUUCCUCGUUGAAAAAUUAAUAAUCUCAUUAUCUAUAUUUUGCUCGGGUAUUUCAGUGAUGUAAAGAAAUUAUGGAAACGUACGAGAAUCAAGCGCAAGAAAAACUGCAGGAUGGAGACUUUCAGAGCGGAUUUGUUUGGCAAGACUAUCUUGAUGCCACGAGUAGCGUGGAAGUUCCACAAAUUAUGUUUCCCCAUGUGGAGCAGACAUUGCAAAAUAGUAUUGAAAUAGGCAUGUCAUUAGAAGUUCCAGUUCAGGAAAAUAAUGAUGAAGAGGAAUCAUCAUAUUGGGUAGCUUGUAUUGUCAUGGCUUGUGGUCCUUUAUUACGGUUGCGUUACUUUGGUGGUGAUGAUAGGUCAUUAGAAUUUUGGUUCAAUCUCACGAAAGAAGCUGGUCAUGAACUUGGUUGGUGUGUGAAAAAUAGUAAAAAAUUAGAACCACCUAAUGUUAUACUUGAAAGAUCACCAGAUUGCAUAGACAAACUGCAUGAAUUUCUGACAACAGCACAUUCGCUGCCAGCAGAGAUGCUGAAAGGGGAUGGCUUAAGUAUGACAGAUAGGAUUAAGCAGAACAUGAAGGUUGAGAUAAGCGAUGUGUUGCAUCCGUAUAAAUUAUGGGUGGCUACGAUUGUAGAAAAUGUUGGAGGACGUCUCUUGUUGAGAUACGACACACCAGGCUCUUUUCGUGAAAAUUUCUGGAUAUUUUGUACCUCCGAGCGUUUACAUUCGUAUGGAUUUGCAAAUUCUAAGUCAAAUUCUACUUGGUUCUUAGAACCACCUAGUUCAAUUAUUGAUUUGCACACGUAUGAGGAAUGGAAGGAUUUAUUAGAAUCCAAAUCAAAAGACUGUCAGCUACCGGAGGAAUUAUUUAAUAAUAAUGGAGAACAUCCAAAGCACGGUUUCGAAAUUGGGAUGAAGGUGGAAGCUUUGAAUCCGGUGGAUCGAACAAAAAUCCAUCCUGCUACAGUAACAAAAGUAUUUGACGAUGCAUAUUUUCUUGUGAACAUUGAUGCGUAUACUCAGCAGUCGACUGGAUCAGAUUGUACACCUAUAUCUAAUAAUACAGAAAAGAAUACAUGGCUGUGUACUGCGGAACAUCCAUAUAUAUUUCCAGUUGGAUGGGCGCAGAAACAAAAUAUUGUGAUUACUCAUCCACAAGGUUGGACUUCAAAGACUGGAGACUUUAGCUGGAAUGAGUAUUUAGAGACAUUCGCUGCUAAAACAGCACCUGAAGACUUAUUCAGUGAACGUGCGAGCGCCGCUGAAGCGGGCUUCGAAUGUGGCAUGAGAUUGGAGGCUGUUGAUCCAGAACAUAAGCAUGUAAUAUGCGCCGCUCGAAUUACGAAAAUGAUUGACAAUCUGUUAUGGAUAAAAUUAGACAAUUAUGAGUAUUGUCGACCAGAUCAUAUAGUCGACAUGCAUUCUUUGCAAAUAUUUCCUGUCGGAUGGUGCGAAUCCAAUCAUUAUCCGUUAAAACCUCCGUACGAUUACAUCGAGAUUUGCAAAAAGUUGGAAAUGUCUGAGAAAGAAGAGAAGAAAACCAAUGUUCUGGACAUACCGAUAUCUGAACCACGAUCUUCACUCUGGUGUCCGAAGAUAUAUUUUAAUUAUCGAUGCUUUACGGGCCCAAUGAUCUCAAAGGGUAAAUUGGCGACUCUGCCAAAGUCAGUAGGACCAGGACCAGUUAUAUUGGUCAUGCGAGAAGUUUUAUCAAUGAUAGUAUCCGUCGGAUACAGAAGCGCUAGAAUUUUGAAGGUUUUGCAAUGUGAUACCAAACCGGAUCCUGGAUUUCAUCUGGAAGUUUUAAAAGCUAAACACAAAAACAACACAUAUCGCGCGAGUGUGGCCAUUGUUACGUCAGGAGACAUGGUGGCAGAUUUUUGCAGGAGUAUUUGUAAGAAGCUGAUGGUUUGCCCGAAUUUAUUCGGCCCGUUGCACGUGUCGGAAAGCGAGUGUCCGGACGAAUGUUAUAAAACAUCAAAAACGAAAUACAUAGCAUCAGUCGGAACUGGAAAGAGAGGAAAGCCGAAGGGCUAUACGAGUAUCAUGGUGCAAAAAACCAAACCUUGGGGUAGAAGGCGUAGAAGGAGGCGUGGUAGAUGGGCAAAUAAACAUAAAGUUAUAGUUCACGAAGAAUACGAUCAGGAAGAUGAAAUGCCGUUCAUGUCGUUAGAUCUCGUGAAGCAUGUCGCGGAGAAUAAUGUCGACCACGCGUUUGACGGCAGGCAACCGCUCUCAGAGAUAGAUAUCAUGAUACAGAAAGGAUUAGAGAAAUCCGACAAGUCAGAUGAUUUCAAGACUGAAGUGCCCUCCAGUAACAUCUCAGAAGAUUCUGGUAGUUCGUUCAACGAUAGAAAAAUGAAAGACAGAGAAAUGUGUAGCUCCCCAAGUUUGAAUUCUAAGCAACAUUCCACGAGAUUUGGAAGCCAGAGCGGGAGAGGAGCUAAAAGAGAUUGGGACACGAGCAUAGAAUCUGACGGCUCCGACAUGGAUGCCGAAUAUGUGAAAAUACAAAAGACUCAACGGCGACCGAAGACACGGAAGCUGGAUUCGAAUCCGUUAUAUUGGAGCGUGGACGAUGUGUUUCGGUAUCUGAGAAAAACAAACGACUGCAAGGAUCUCGCCUACCGUGUCAAGGAAGAGGAAAUCGAUGGCCUCGCCUUUCUGCUGUUGAAUUUGCCCUCUCUUACUCAACAUAUGAAACUGCGAACGAGUUUAGCUAUGAAGCUAUGUCGACACGUAGAGCAGGUUAAAGUUACAUUUUUUCUGCGACAUAUUCACGAGGUAGAGCCUGAGCAAUAUCACUUUGUUUAGUUUGCAAUAUCCUUUACUUAUAAUAAUAUAUUAUAUAAAUAUAUAUAUAUUCUACA